UCGUUACAUUAGCGUUAAGGCUAAGUGUUCGGAUCCCUUCAGCAAACAACUUUCUCAAAACGAAGUGCUCCCACUUCCGCACUCCACACCUAAAUAACAAUCGCAAAAAGUUGCUGCUGUUACUGUCACCACCCCAGCCCCUGUUCCAUACUGUAGCCACUGUUAUUAAUUAAUCAAGAUGGAAGAGGAUCUUCAUCCUAGCCUUGCUUCGUUUACCGAAGCGGACAUGGAAGGAGUUGACGAUGAUGACUAUGAAGACGAUGAGAAUGGCGGUAGCGCGACGCAGCUGAAUGACUCGUUCGGAAUGGACAAUCCUCCUCCCGCCAUUGAUGCUGUGGACGCCGAUGCGCAGGAUGCUGCUCGGAAUGGAGGACACAAUCACAAUCACCACGAUGAUGACGACGAUGAGGAUGACGAUGAUGAAGGAUAUGAUGACUACGAAGACGAUGCUUCCGCAGAUGGAAUGUUACCCCCUCUUUUGUUGGCCGAGAAUGCGGAUUGUGACUGUGACGACGAAGAGGAAAUGGUCGACAUGUACGAAGAUGACACCGAAAAUCUUGGUUACAGCAACAAACGAGGUUUUGGUGGAGGAAACUCCAGUGGUGGACUGGGAUAUGGCUCAAUGGGAGGUGGAAGUGGUCUCCGCCGUUCCAGUACUUGUACCGACAAUUCCGGUUCUUCCAUCAGUGAUUACGAUGAUGAAGAAAUGUACGAAUUCUUCCCUCCUGUCAGUAGACACCAUGAGUGGAUGGGACGCUCCAUUGAAGCUCUCGUGUUUGGACAUUUGGCAAAGACUUCAUUGCUAUCCUUGAUUGAAGACGACGAUGCGUCGGACGAUGCUUCUUCCGCGUACGCUGCUUUCAGGAGACGUUCCACGGCAUCCACCUUUGGAGGAGACUUCUCACAUAGACGAUCCAGUGCUGGCGGAAGUUUCGCUGGCACUCGAAGAGGAAGUCUGUCCCUCACCACGGGAGGGCAAGGAGGACCCAUGCACGGUGGAACCAUGGCUAAUUACUACAAUCGGCGCCGUCCCAUGCAACCCAUGGACGUGGACCGGUCUGUUGACCGAAGACGAUCUUCCAACGCUCAUGCUCCUUCCUAUCGAAGACGAAGCAGUAUGGCCUGCAGUGGAGGACCAGGUGCCACGGGACAGCAUGGAAACGAACCAGAGGCGGAACAAAGGGCUCAGGCUGGACCCAAUGUCGUAUUCAAUCUAUUGGCCAGAGAAAUGACUGGACGGUCUACAACUCCCUUCCCAAACCUUGUUCCAGCGGCACAGGCUUUGAGAGCCAUGGGAGGAGACACGCUCUAUGGGGCACUCGACAAACCCGCAGCUGGAAUUUCAACUGAAGUUGGAUUCUUGGUGGCUUCCAUUGAGGCUGGUGACUGGGCAGAAACACAAAUGAUCAUUUCUAGAUUGGCACCACGUCUAAUCGGUGAUCCAUCCGCCGCCAUGCCGCAGGGACCGGAAGGAAGGCAAGCCGUAAUUGACGAUCCAAAUCUUCCGCCUUCCGCGUCACCUUUCUAUGCUGGCGGAGGCCGUGUCGGGCUAGAAAGAGAUGCGUUUGUUCAAGCGGGUGGAGUCGAAGCUAUGAUUCGCAUUUUCAGAGAAAAAACAUUUGUUGGACAAGAAAUGGCAAAAUCCUUUGACGCACGUGAUUUGAGCAAGGGAUUGGUUGCCACCAGAUUGGCUCCUUGCUGGAAUGAGGCACUGGCGUCCUUACGAGAACUCAUCUUUGCUAUUCCCGCACUUGUGGAAAAUGGUACAGUCCUCGAGAACGGCGACUUUUUGCCAUUUCUAUUUACCCUACUAGCGCAUGAUUCGUGCUUUGAUGGAGCAGCUGCCCUAAUCGAAGAAAUCCUCAGUCUCAUGUCGCACUCACCACAAGCACAGGCGGCCGCGGAGGAUAACGAUGGAGCAUCUGGGGACGAAGGACCAACCAUUCCGCCGUUGGGCAGAGUUGCGCCCGUCACUACGUUCUUCUUGGGAAAUGUUCCCGAACUCUACGAGCUAUGGGGAGGAUUCAACUGCAGGCAGCUUGCUCAUUUCUGCAGGAUUUUGGCGCUGCUAGUCUUUGAACCUGAGGAUCGACAGCUUCUGGAGAGCCCAGCGGUCCUGAAAUCGCUGGAAUUACUCCAGUUGAGGCGCAACCGAGCUGUAAGGGCAGGCCGCGAUUCAACAGUUGAUAUGAAUCAAGCCAUUUUGUUAGGUGAUCCUGACUUGUCAAGUCGUAUGUUGAAGUUGCUCAGGGUGAUGAACUACGCCCCUUCGGUACGACGAAGCUCGCCCUACCAUGUCAUGGCACACUUUCCAUUCAUUGCCGAUACCUUAGUCAUGUUGGGGUUGAGCGAAAUCGAUAGCUGGGAAGAAAUCGAUCGACUGGAAUCUUUGUCCCGAAAACUGCUGAACACGGGCACAAGCGAAAAUGGAGGUCAAGAUAGCAAGCCCAAACGUAUUGUAAGUGAAUUGGGCACUGUUGCCGACAUGCUGGAAAACCUGUCCAAUACGCUACUUCGCAGCAAUGCUCCCGUUACGAACCAGCUUGGGCACAUUAUCCACGUGAUUAGCGCUGCUCAACAAGCAGGUGUGGUCGUGGGAAGACCUGGAAACGACAACCUCAACGUUGCGAGACACCGACCUUCCGCAUCAGGUCUGGAGGAUCCCGAAUGGAUGCCUCAAGGAGGGAAUUCAAAUGGAAACGCCCCGGAUAAUGGUGGCGAGGACAAUAGCAAUCCACCGCUCGACAUGGGCAGCGUUGCUGUAGAUGGAACUACCAUUAGGGGACUUGCUUCGGCCGCUGGCGUAUUGACGGAUCAAGUCCUAGUCCGACGCUUGUACGCCGGUGAAAGCGAGGACUCCGACGACGUUGGCGGGAGCGAAGGACCUCGUGUCUUUGGUAUUGGUAGUUUGGAUGGGCCUCAAGGCAGGGACAGCGGGUCGUUCUUCUCUGAAGCUCAGAUAUGUGCACCCAAGGAUGCUGCCAACGCCCUUCAAUUUAAUGCGCUGUUGCUGGGCCCUUAUCAAGUCGAGGUGCUCUUCGUCUUGUGUACAUUGCUUGGUGGAAGGAGGAAGAUGGAUGCCCAGAAGAAGCUUGAUGUCUGCAACGUGAUACCCAUACUCGAUGACAUGUUCCAGCGACUUCCGUGGUACUCAUCUCAACGAGAGGAGGCCGCCGCUGAUAGCUCAAACAAUAACGGCAAUGCCAAUGGCAACAGCCGCCAAGGAGGAUCUGGAAAUGGAAAUGACCCUCCCGAUGGCGAAGAAGAGCAGCAACCAAAUGGCAUUCACGGUCCAGGAUGUGAAUGCACCCCCGAGUCUGCUCUAUGCGUGCAGUAUUUGCGGUUGUUGCAUAACUUUUGCGAUCGCGACUGCGACAAUUACCCUGGUCGGCACAGCCUUUUGAGUCCAUCGGAACGAGAGUUAAUUUUCCGAAAGAAGGGUGGCAACGAUUACAACAGCUUCCCUGUCGAGCAGGGCUUGUUGUCCAAGAUUGUCGAAGCUUUUGCGCGAGAGUCAGAUGAGUCGCCUUAUCGAUUCUGGCUAGCAAGUUGCAUAGAAUCUUAUUUGCGAGGAUCAUCUCCGGGCGAACAAGUGUUCGUGGCGAGAUCUGGACUUUUAAUGCACUUGGUUGAAGACAUUACAAGCGAAAGAUUGCAUUGUGCAGGUAGUCUUCAAACAUCGUUUGAUCUGCUGGGUGAACUCUGCAAGGGGAACAACGAGGUCUUGAAUCUUCUCGUGUCUGACCUUGACGAGGAGAGCUUCCGAAAGUUCAUGAGCGUUGCAGCAGCGAACCUUGUUGACUCCAACGUCUUUAUUCGAUCGCUGUGGCUAACAUUGGAACGGCUGUCUGCCGCCAACAGGCAGGUUGCGCUACACUUUGAUUCUGGCAUGGGCCGAGGGAGCAGUUGGAGAAGCCCCAUUGGGCCAUCCAGUCGAUAUUACUUGACGCACUCUUGGUGGGACACAAUGGGUGUCGCACUAGAAAGCGAGGGCAACUUCGACAUUGACAACGACGAGGACGAGACAAACGAUCUAGAUCGGCCAUCUGAUUGGUUCCCAACGAGCGAGGUCGUGGAAGCUCAGGGGAUGCACACUUGGAAUGAUUUGGAGUUUAUCUCCUCCAUGUCCGGCUUGAACGAAAGCGUUGGACACUUUGGUUGGGUGUUUUCGCCUGUUGGCGAGAAUCUUUCCGCGGCAACCUUCGAGCCAAAUACUACCGAACGACUUUCGUGGUUUCUGGCAGCUAAUCAAGCUCGUCUUUUGCGGGACUUGCUCGGUGUUGUCGAUCUUCGCAACAUCAACCACGAAAACAUUUGCUGUUUGAAUACUGCGGUUGUCAUUGCCAUCUUUGCUCACCGUCGUCACCAACUAGCAGCCCUUCUCACGGAGUUGAGCCAGAUGAACGCCGAAGAGAAAGAGUCCAAGCGCCGCGCAAUCGAUCCUACCUCGAACGGAGACGAUUUGAUUGACCGUGCAUUCGUGAACGCGAUGCGAUACUUGGACCUGGAUGAAGACACACCAUCCUAUGCAAGGAGAGCUUCGUUGACGCUUUCUCGACGAGACUCAAUUACCAACAGCCAUCAGAUUGGCGAUCGGACAGAUGUGAUGAGAAAUUUCCGAGAGGUGUUGUGGUUUUGGUUCGAGUACUACACUCACCGUGGGCGAGACCGCCUGUCUUUGGAAUUCUCAUCCCAUCUGCGCUUCCAAGAAUGGAUGCAAGUUGUAUAUCGCCUGGUAGCCGACGACAGUUCGCCAACGUCCUUGGUUCGAACCCCCGUUCGAUUGCCAAGGAGCCCCUAUCAGAGCGCAGCUCGUAUCACUGACAACAAUCCAUUGCGAGGUGUCUAAUCGAUUAAUUGCACGGUUCAAAAGAGGCUGCCUGAUGUUAAACCAUGCCGCUACGGUACCUUUUCAUGAGAUUUGAUUUGAUGCAUAGUAGCUACCGGUAGUGCUGUGGUGCUAUCAGAACAAUUCCUCCUCUGGCUAGCUAGUAGUCGCUAGUCGUUUCAUUGCAUUCAACGCGCGAUCUCGUAAACCCAGACUGGUUACAGACAGCUUUACAGACUAUGAGCAUGUAAUGUCCAUGUCAUCAACAGGACGUACAUGUACCAGUCCAGGCAGGGCGGUGAUUGAGAUCAAUUCUAUCUUGCUUGGUCCAUCCGCUUGGAAUGCUGACCAUAGAGCUUUCCCCAUUCGUUUUAGCUCAGAAUUCGAUGACUAUGCUUAUAUAUCUCGCUUCGGUAUCUCAAGGAAAAUUGAAUCCUUGGAAUGUCAGCUCACUUGUUGGCUGCUCGGUCUUGGUCAACUACUUUUAGCUACUUGCCACCCUGUUCUAGCUAUCAUAGGUAACAUACUGGUACCUGGUAUACCAGGUAUCCGAUUGGAAGGUCUCAUGUACAGUACAAUGGGUAGGGUGAUUUGUCCCUCACAAAUUUUCACUUAGGCUAAGUGGUUGAAUUUUCACUUAGGCUAAAUGAUUCAAUUUGAUUUACUUAGGCUAAGUGAGCCACUUAGCCAAAGUGAUCCAGUCGGUCUUAUUUGAUUUAGUCAGUCACAUUUGAUCCACUUAGGCUAAGUGAAUCACUUAGGCUAAGUGAUUCUCUCCGUGGCAGCUACCCAAAGCUCAUAAUCUGU